AUGGGAUUGUCUCAUGCGCACGUAGUGGACAAUAAUAUCGCGACGAUCGUGCAGAUCGAAAGUCCGCUUGCCCCAGAAAACGCAGACGCCAUCGCCACAGUUCCCGGCGUGAAAAACAUUAAUGCUCGGGGCUGGCAACCUCCCAGUUGCCAUGCGUUGCCCCCCACAGCGACCCUGAAGAUCCAAAAUAUUGGAUGCAACAGAUCGAUUGGUGAGCGUGUCACGGCGGCAUUGGAAGCCGUUGGCGGUGGUGCCUUGUAA